CGACUACCACGACACCCAAACACACACGACAUCAUGGCCAACCCACGCAUUGAAGAGAUCGAGGACGAGCCCGAGAAGAAGAGCGUCCAGAUCGAGGAUGAGGAGUCAAGCGACGAGUCUGAGGGUGAGGAGGGAGGUGAGGCUCAGAUCCCCGCGGGCGCCUCUGUUGCCGUGCACUCGCGCAACGAGAAGAAGGCUCGCAAGGCCAUUGCCAAGCUCGGCCUGAAGCACAUUGACGGCAUUACACGCGUCACUCUCCGCCGACCAAAGAACAUCCUCUUCGUCAUCAACCAGCCCGAUGUCUACAAGUCGCCCUCGAGCAACACCUGGAUCAUCUUCGGUGAGGCCAAGAUCGAGGACUUGAACUCCCAGGCCCAGGCCUCCGCUGCUCAGCAGCUCGCCCAGGCCGAGGCUUCCACCCACGACCACGCCGGCCAUGAUCACGACCACGACCACGACCACAGCGAGGACAAGGGCAAGGGCAAGGCCAUCGAGGACACCAAGGAGGAGGAAGAGGAGGAGGAUGACGACGAGGAGGUCGAUGACUCUGGACUUGAGGCCAAGGACAUUGAGCUCGUCAUGCAGCAAGCCAGCGUCUCAAGGAAGAAGGCCGUCAAGGCUCUCAAGGAGAACGACAACGACAUUCGCAGCGCCGCUCUCAAGCUCGACUGGACGAAGCUCGGCACGCAGCUGGGCCUCAAAGGCAACACGGCCGUGUCCCUGCAAGCCUUCAAGAAGCGCAACGACGACGCCCGCCGCAAGGUGACAGUCCUCACGGAGCAGGCCCAGACGGUCGACUUCUCGCACUACCGCUCCAUCCUCAAGAACCAGGCCAUCGUCGACGACAUCGAGAAGCAGUUCAACGCCUUCAAGCCCGCGACGUACGACGUCGGCAGGCAGAUCAAGGCCAUCGAGGCGUUUGAGGCGCAGGCUGUCAAGAGCGCAGAGGAGACAAAGGCCGUCGUCGACAAGGAGCUGAGCGACUUGCAGAAGACUUUGACCAACAUCCAGGAGGCCAGGCCGUUUUCAGACCUCACAGUGGACGAGGUUGCGGCUGCUCAGCCAGAGAUCGAUCAGCGCACCGAGCAGCUCGUUUCAAAGGGUCGCUGGGCUGUUCCGGGCUACAAGGAGAAGUUUGGCGAUUUGUCCGUACUCUAAACAUCUUCUUCCAUGUAGCCAAAAUAUGCCCGGUCUGGCUUGUAUUACCACCUAUUGUGAAUAGUUUCCGGGUUUCAAUGCAACCAUAGAUCACA